AUGUCCCUUCUCCUAUCAACCAUCGGCCCUUUGCUGCAUCAUGUCGAGAGUCCAGCAUGGACCGAGAUCGAUCGGCUCCGCUCAAAGAAGCAUCUCCUCACCGUAAAGCCAGCAUUUCGACCGGUUGGAGGUGAUCGCGAAAGGGAACAAAGACGCAAGAAGCGACAAUGGCAACACUGGCAGUCUGCUAUGGACGCCGCGGUGGAAGCACUAUGGAGAGAAACCUCCUCGCAAGAGCAAGAGUACGCAAAGGUUGAACCUAUCAGUGAAGCUUCCACUGCGGGUGUAGCCAAGUCUCUCGAUGCUCACCAACCAGUCUCGGUGCCAACAUCAACCUUCUCCUUCGAUCUACAACAACCAAAGAAAAUCUUUCCUUUUACCAAUGCCGACUCCUCAUUCGAGUUCACCUUCCGUACCUCAGAUAGGACGCCCUCCCCUGCCGCAAACCCUAUCAAACUGCACACCAAAAGGCAUUCCGUCUCCGUUGGAUGGAAACGUCUCUGCAUUGCGGAUAAUGCUAGCGAAGACACUCCACAAACAAGAGAGACCACCAGAUGCAAACGUCUUUUGCAGAAAAGACCAGCUG